UGUUCGGCUCAAGGAUGGCCCGGAGACCGCGCGGCGAUGAGCAGCUGGUUGCCUUGGCUCGGUCCCGGCGCUGGCGUAGCGCUGCGGCGGUCUUCGAGUGUUCAACCGGAGGUGGCUGGGAGGGCGUGCGAGCCUUCAAUGCGCUGCUGCACGCCUUCAAAGGCGGGCGAUGGGCCCGGGCCCUGCGGGCCUUGGCCGAGCGCUGGCCGCGCCGGCCUGAGCUGGCCUCGGAGGUGUCGCUGAAUUCCGUGCUGGCAGCUCUCGGCAGCGCCGCGGAGUGGAGGCGCGCGGGGAGUUUGCUGGCGGAGAUGGGAAGGCAGAGGCUGGAGGCGAGCUCGGUGACUUUCGGGACCAUCAUUCAAGCAGAUGGCAAUGGCAUGCAAUGGCACAGGGCUUUGGAGACCUUGUCCAAUCGCAUCUCUACUGUCAUUUGCUUUAACUCUGCGAUUGCUGCAUGCGAGCGGGCCACCAGCUGGCACAUGGCGGUGGCGACUUUGGCAGUGUUGCCUGAAGUGCGGGUGCUUCCAGACGUCACCACAUUGAACUCGGCCAUGAGUGCGCUAGCUGCGAGCGAAUGGCAGCGUGCAGUUUGUCUUUUCUUCAAUAUGCCAUUCUACGCCAUGCAGGCGGAUGUGGUUUCGUAUGGCUCGACGCUCCGAUCGCAUUGGCAGGUGGCAGGUCAGCUGGUGAGGCUGAUGGCGUGUGCCUUGGUUCGGGGCAACAUCAUCACCGCCACCUCGGCAGUGAAGGCUUCGUCGGCUCGCUGGGAGGCUGCGGUCCGGGCGUUUGGGGACCUGGCGGGGGUGAGCUUGCAGGCGACCCUGGUGACGUACACCACGCUGGUGGGGGCCCUGCGGAGUCGCUGGAGCAUGGGCUUGGCCCUGAAGGAGCAGAUGGGCGCAGCCGCGAGUCGCACGGACGCCAUCUUCGGGUGCGAGCUGCUGGAGGUGGCCGGUCCCGGUGAGCACAGGUGGCGCCUGGCCCUGGGGGUCUUUGCCGUGAUCAAGCCCAACGCCUUCACACGCAGCUCCCUUGCCUCGGCAUUUGCGCGCACGGAGAAGUGGGAAGGAGCCCUGGGCUGCGUCAGCGGUGGCGACCUCGCCACAGCCAAUGCCGCCCUCCACGGCUGCGCGCGGAGCGCGCAGUGGUCCCGAGCCGUGGGGUUGGGUGCCGAAACCAGGCCAAAUGGCAUCACCUUGAGCACGUUGUCCGAUGUGCUCGCGGCAGGCCAGCAGUGGCCGGCGGCUCUGCGGUGGCUGCGCCUCUUGGGCGCGAGGCGGACCUCCGGCGUGGACUUUGCCAUCUGCGGCACUGCCUGCAUCAGCGCCUGCGAGGCCACCGGGCGCUGGCGGGAGGCCCUGCAGGUGCUGGAGUUCCUGGGCACAUCGGCAGACUGUGCGGCGGUGAACUGUGCCAUCGUGGCCUGUGAGAAGGGGGAGCACUUCAGGCGCACGCACACGCACGCGUAGGAAAGGUGGGGUGAGCCUGGAUUCAGGCGCUAUGGUUUUCGAUUUUGGGAGGUCGUUUGGGGCUGGAGCAGUGCCGAGCAUUGGGCUGCCAGCCUCAUGUGGGGCUCUUGGAAUCUUCAGCAAUUUUGGCCCAGCUCAGCGAUCGCAUGUUGGUUUCGCAGGCCAGGCUGUGAAACAGCGUGCCCGCAGCUCGGUGAGAGGCUUGAAGCUUUGGGCGUGACAAGGGGUGCACAGCCCCUGAGCCGAUCGAAGCUGCAAGCAAUGGUCACCUCAUUUUUGGCGACGGCGCGAGGAACACUUCUCGGGCUGGGUGGGUAAACCUGUUCGCCCGAAGAAGCCUCCGGUCUUUUUCCGGAGGAAUCAUCACUAGCUUCGUGCGCAGCGAG